UCCCUCGUUCCUCAACCUCCUCUACUCAUCCCAUUCAUUAAUUUUUUUUUAAAAAAAAGAUAUUAAAAAAAAAAGAGUAUUUUGCCGGCGAUGGAUUACUCGGAGGAGAUGCGGAAGAUCGGGGGCUCGAUGAGGAGGCGGUCGGGGGAGGACGUGUUCUCGAGAUCGUCGAGGGAGGAGGACGACGAGGAGGCCCUCAAGUGGGCGGCGCUCGAGAAGCUCCCGACGUACGACCGGGUGCGGCGGGCAAUACUCACGCUUCCCGAGGGGGAGCGGAGGGAGGUCGAUGUCGCGAAGCUCGGCUUCCGCGAGAGGAAGGCGCUGCUGGAGCGGCUCGUGAGGGUCGCGGAGGACGACAACGAGGCCUUCUUGUCGAAGCUCAAGGAUCGAAUCGACCGUGUUGGAAUUGAGGUUCCUACGAUCGAAGUGCGUUUCGAUCAUCUCAACGUCACGGCGGAGACUUACGUUGGAAACAGAGGAUUGCCCACGUUACUAAAUUCCACCAUUAACACACUCGAGGCUGUCGCAAACUCUUUCCGUUUAUAUCCGAGCAAGAAGAAACCAAUGCGGAUCCUUCGUGAUGUUAGUGGAAUUAUCAAACCUCGCAGGUCCACCCUCUCAUGCGGUCCACAAGGCCGAAGUGGUAAAACUUUGUUUUUUUCGUUUUUGGGCAUUAAUAUAUGGAAACAGUUGCUGGGGAAAGUAACAUACAAUGGCCAUGAGAUGGGGGAGUUUGUUCCCGAGAGAACAGCUGCGUACGUAAGCCAAUAUGAUCUCCACAUUGGGGAGAUGACCGUGCGAGAAACCCUAGCUUUCUCAGCUAGAUGCCAGGGAGUGGGUGCUCGUUACGAGAUGUUAACUGAGUUGGCGAGGAGGGAGAAAGCAGCAAAUAUCAAACCAGACCCUGACAUUGAUGCGUACAUGAAGGCAUCUGCAGUGGGAUCAGGAAAAGAAGCAAAUGUAGUAACAGAUUACAUACUUAAGAUAUUAGGGCUCGAAAUUUGCGCCGACACGUUGGUAGGAAAUGAUAUGUUGAGAGGUAUAUCAGGUGGUCAAAAGAAGCGCCUCACAACCGGCGAGAUGCUUGUCGGGCCGGCGCGAGCUCUAUUCAUGGACGAGAUAUCCACCGGGCUGGACAGCUCGACGACGUUUCAGAUUGUGAAUUCGCUCCGGCAGUCGGUCCACAUUCUCGGCGGCACGGCCGUGAUUUCUCUGCUCCAGCCUGCACCGGAGACCUACGAACUGUUCGACGAUAUUAUCCUUAUCUCUGACGGCCAGAUCGCGUAUCAAGGCCCCCGCGAAUGCGUGCUGGAGUUCUUCGAGUCCAUGGGCUUCAGGUGCCCCGAGAGGAAGGGCGUCGCCGACUUCUUGCAAGAAGUGACUUCGAGGAAAGAUCAGCAGCAAUACUGGGCGCGACACGACGAGACUUACAGAUAUGUUCCUGUCACGAAGUUUGCAGAAGCAUUUUGCUUCUUCCACGUCGGCCGAAACAUAUCGAACGAGCUCGCGGUGCCGUUCGACAAGGGGAAGAGCCACCCUGCGGCUUUGACGACUUCGAAGUAUGGUGUCAGCAGGAAAGAACUCUUAAGAGCCAACAUUGAUAGAGAAAUCCUGCUCAUGAAGAGGAACUCUUUUAUGUACAUAUUCAGGGCCACUCAGCUCACAAUAGUGGCAUUCGUAACGAUGACCUUAUUCCUGCGCACGAACAUGCACCGAGACUCGGUAACGGACGGAGGAAUCUACAUGGGGGCGCUGUUCUUCGGGGUGCUCAUGAUCAUGUUCAACGGAUUCUCGGAGCUCGCCAUGACCAUCGUGCAGCUGCCUGUGUUCUUCAAGCAGAGAGACCUCCUCCUCUACCCGACGUGGACUUACACGAUACCGUCCUGGAUUCUGAAGAUUCCCGUGACGUUCGUCGAAGUCGGAGCGUGGGUCUUCAUGACGUACUACGUCAUCGGUUUCGAUCCGAAUGUGAGCAGGUUCUGUAAGCAGUAUCUGCUGUUUCUGGCACUCAAUCAGAUGGCCUCUUCGCUCUUCCGUUUCAUCGGUGGACUGGGCAGAGACAUGGUUGUCGCGAACACAUUUGGAUCAUGUGCACUGCUUAUCGUUAUGGUGUUGGGUGGAUUUAUUCUAUCAAGAGAGGAAGUGAAGAAGUGGUGGAUAUGGGGUUACUGGAUCUCGCCGCUUAUGUACGCGCAAAAUGCUAUCUCGACGAACGAAUUUCUAGGCCACAGUUGGAGUAAAGCACUUCCUGGAUCGUCGGAACCGCUAGGAGUGAGUGUGUUAAAGUCUCGCGGAGUCUUUACCGAAGCAAAAUGGUAUUGGAUUGGUUUCGGCGCCUUAAUCGGAUACACGGUCCUAUUCAAUGCUCUUUUCACCGCGGCACUCGCCUAUCUCAAACCAUAUGGUAAAGCUCAGCCGGUUGUGUCGGAAGAGACAUUGAAGGAAAAGCACGCGAAUUUGACCGGCGAAGGCUUAGAAAGUAAUUCUUGUUCCUGUUUUUCUUGGAAAGUUACAUCUUCUCUUGAUGGUAAUCAUGUAAAGGCAAUUCUUGAUGGCCGCGAAACCGUCGGAGCGACGAAAACAAGUACAACUGCAUCAAGUCCAAUCAAGAAGGGAAUGGUCCUUCCAUUUGUACCACUCUCCCUUACCUUCGAGAAUAUAAGAUACUCCGUCGACAUGCCGCAGGAAAUGAGAGCGCAAGGCGUGACUGAAGAUCGGUUGGAACUCCUGAAGGGGAUAAGCGGUUCGUUCAGGCCGGGUGUUCUUACGGCUUUGAUGGGCGUCAGCGGAGCUGGCAAGAGCACAUUGAUGGAUGUGUUGGCAGGUAGAAAAACAGGAGGAUAUAUAGAGGGAAAUAUCGCCAUUUCCGGCUAUCCGAAGAAGCAAGAGACUUUCGCUCGUGUGUCGGGAUAUUGCGAACAAAACGACGUCCAUUCGCCGAAUGUGACGGUAUACGAGUCCCUCGCAUUCUCCGCGUGGCUUCGACUCCCUCCCGAAGUUGAUUCAGCAACGCGAAAGAUGUUUAUAGAGGAGGUCAUGGAGCUCGUCGAGCUCGAUUCGUUGAGAGAUGCUCUUGUCGGAUUGCCGGGGGUGAAUGGCUUAUCGACGGAGCAAAGGAAGAGGCUAACUAUUGCCGUGGAGCUUGUUGCUAACCCGUCGAUCAUUUUCAUGGACGAACCGACCUCUGGGCUCGAUGCACGGGCCGCAGCGAUCGUUAUGAGGACCGUGCGCAACACGGUGGACACCGGAAGGACCGUCGUGUGCACCAUUCACCAGCCGAGUAUUGACAUAUUCGAUGCUUUCGAUGAGCUCUUCGUAAUGAAGCGAGGAGGAGAGGAGAUAUAUGUAGGUCCUUUAGGGCACCACUCUUCGCAUCUGAUCAAGUACUUUGAGGGAAUUGAAGGCGUCAGCAAGAUAAAAGAUGGUUACAAUCCUGCGACAUGGAUGUUGGAAGUGACUACGCUGGCACAGGAAGAGAUUCUAGGGGUUAAUUUCGGUGAAAUAUACAAGAAUUCUGAGCUCUAUCAGAGGAAUAGAAGCUUAAUAAAGGAACUGAGUACACCGCAAUCCGGUUCAAGCGACCUUUACUUUCCGACUCAGUACUCGCAAUCGUUCCUCACGCAAUGCAUGGCUUGCUUAUGGAAGCAAAACUUGUCAUAUUGGAGGAACCCCCCGCACAACGCCGUGCGAUUCUUUUUCACAACCGCCACAGCAUUGUUAUUCGGAACUAUAUUCUGGGACCUUGGCACAAAGAGGAGAAAACAGCAAGAUUUGUUCAAUGCCAUGGGAUCCAUGUACGCCGCGGUCCUAUUCGUCGGGUUUCAGAAUUCGACGUCCAUCCAGCCAAUCGUGGCGAUAGAACGCACCGUCUUUUACAGAGAAAGAGCAGCAGGAAUGUAUUCGGCGUUGCCGUACGCAUUCGGACAAGUUGCAAUAGAACUUCCGUAUAUCUUUGUGCAAACCAUGAUAUACGGUGUGAUAGUAUACGCGAUGAUCGGAUUCGAAUGGACGGUCGCUAAGUUGUUUUGGUACUUGUUCUUCAUGUACUUCACACUGCUGUACUUCACAUUCUUCGGAAUGAUGGCGGUGGGAUUGACCCCCAGCUACAACAUAGCCGCAAUCGUCUCCUCCGCAUUCUCCGGCUUGUGGAAUCUCUUCUCCGGCUUUAUCGUUCCGCAAACCCGAAUUCCUGUGUGGUGGAGAUGGUACUAUUGGAUAAACCCCGUCGCGUGGACCUUAUACGGGUUGGUUGUCUCACAGUUUGGAGACAUAGAGCAUCAUCUCGACAGCGGCGAGAGUGUGGCCGAUUUUGUGAGGGAUUACUUUGGCUUCAGGCACGACUUCUUGGGAGUGGUUGCGGUCGUCGUGGUCGCGUUCGCUGUUCUAUUCGCUUUUCUAUUCGCAUUUGCUAUCAGGAUGUUCAACUUCCAGAAGAGAUAGAAGAAGCCAGUCUUGAAUUUGACUGCAAUGCAAAUGCAUUGCAGUCAAGAAUGUUUACUAGCAUUUACAAUUUGUUUGUAUUGUGAUCCUUGCAAGAUGUGUAUGCUUAGAUAUA